AUGGAGUUCAGGAUGGCGUGCUGCUCCGACCACACGCCCAUGUCGUCCUCCAUCGCCGGUGCCUCCUUCUCCCCCACAUCCAGCGGUGGCGCCUCCUCCGCCGGCUCCUACUCCUCCUCCUCUUCCUCGUCCGCCGGCUCCUGCUCCUUCUCCUCCUUCUCUUCCUCCUCCGCCGGCUCCUGCUCCUCCUCCCCUUCCUGCUCCGCCGAGACCUCCUCGAAAUCCUCCUCUGGUUCCAGAGAAUCAGAGUCUGAGUCCGAGUUCCUUAACUGGGACGACAUUCCCGUGCGUGAUCCUGUUGAUGGCCUCAACUUGUCCGACUUGAUGGAUUACGAUCCGCUGGCACUGGAUGCCGACGACGAGGAGACAAACUGCCCAGGGAAGAAAUUUCCGGUGGCAGCAGCAACAAAAAAGAAGUGUGAGGAGAUUGAAGCAAGUGAAGAUGAGAAUGCCACAUUUCCUUCUUAUCCUCUCAAAAUACUCCCUGAGGCAACAGGUAUAUGUGUCAUGAGGGGCUUUUGCCACCACCGUGAAUAUAAAACCCAUGAUACUUCCACUGCUAGAUCAACUCUUGGGUUACGUGAUCCAAGACUGAUGCUACAGAUCUUCGCGAUGCAUUUAUCAAUCUCCGAAUCCUAUUCCUACCCCGUUAGCGUCUUUGGAAUUGUUGCUGUUCGGGAUGCCUUGGAGCCACUACGGAAUCUUGUGUUUAACCGUCCCUGCAGAGAUAAUGCUUUUAUGGUUGACCAGGAUUCCUUAACCUUGCCUCUUUGUAGUCCUCGUCGAGGAAUGUAUUUAGUCAGGGACAGAGCAUUACUAGAAGUUGAUCUUUGGGUAAAGGAGGAAGGAGAUGGGUCAUCUGACAAGCAGUUGCUUUCUUUGUAUGCUGAGUUUGAGGGGAUGUACCAGUUAGAUGAAAUGCUAGAUGGAGAGGUUAGUAGUGACCUUGGCAGCUUGGUCAUCGACUAUCUCUUGCUUGAUGAGAGUGUUGAGGCUGUAAUACAAGUCUCUGCAAAGAUUGACUGCCCUCAUCAUAUGAGAUUCACUGCAUUCACUAGUGGCUUUGAUGGUGAGAUUGUGCUGUUUGACGGUAAGUUCUCUGGGAAUGGAAAACUGUUCCAGUAUGUUGUCGCGGUGAAGGCUGAGGGGAAAUUGGACAUUUGCUUAAAAUUGGAGGAAUCAUUGUUUUGGUGGACUUUCCAGGAAGGAGCUGUUGGAGCUGUUAGGUUCCCUGAUGACUCGGUUUUGAAUUACGGGCAGUUUGAGGUGACGGUGCUUUUUGCUCCUAAGAACUUUACAAUGGCUGGCUGA